UCUAAAAACGAAACGACAUUUUUCCUGGCCCACGUACGGUCACACUACUCUGUUAAUUGUGCAAAGAAAAGGUGAAAAAAGAGAAAAUUGUUGAAAAAGUCGAAGUAAUUCCAACCAAAAUAGUUUCAUCGCACAGGCAACACCCAAAGCAGCAGCAAAAUGACGUGGGAACCGCAGGGCGAAGGUCUGCAACAGAUCAUAGCGAUCCUCAAGGAGUCGCAGUCACCCGACACAGCCACCCAAAUGGCCGUACAAAUGAAACUGGAGGAAUUCAAUCGCUAUCCUGACUUCAACAACUAUCUCAUCUACGUACUCACCAAGCUAAAGACAGAGGACGAGCCGACGCGAUCGCUCAGCGGCCUGAUCCUGAAGAACAACAUCCGUAUGCACGGCAGCACUCUGCAGCCGGAGAUAGUCGAGUAUAUUAAGCACGAAUGCCUGCAGGCGGUGGGCGAUGCCUCGCCCUUAAUCCGGGCUACAGUUGGCAUCCUGAUCACGACAAUUGCCAGCAAUGGCGGGCUGCACAACUGGCCCCAGCUGCUGCCCUCGCUCUGCGAAAUGCUCGAUGCCCAGGACUACAAUGUUUGCGAGGGUGCGUUCAGCGCUUUGCAAAAAAUCUGCGAGGAUUCGGCCGAGAUCCUCGACUCGGCGGCACUCAACAGACCUCUGAACGUCAUGAUUCCGAAGUUUCUUCAGUACUUUAAGCACAACAGCCCCAAGAUCCGUUCCCAUGCCAUCGCUUGCAUAAAUCAGUUCAUCAUAAACAGAUCCCAGGCGCUGAUGCUCAACAUUGAUACUUUCAUCGAGAACCUGUUCCACCUGUCCUCGGAUGAGGACCAUGAGGUGCGCAAGAACGUGUGCCAUGGACUGGUUAUGCUGCUGGAGGUGCGCAUGGACCGACUCAUGCCGCACAUGUCCCAAAUCAUUGAGUACAUGUUGUUGCGCACCCAGGAUUCCGACGAGGGUGUGGCCCUGGAGGCUUCUGAGUUUUGGUUGUCGCUGGCUGAGCAAAGCAUCUGCAAGGACGUCCUCGCUCCCUACUUGGCCCAGCUGGCCCCAGUGCUGGUGCGUGGUAUGCGCUACUCGGAGAUCGACAUCAUCCUGUUGAAGGGCAAUGUGGAGGAGGACGACAUGGUGCCGGAUCGCGAGGAGGACAUACGUCCGCGGUUCCACAAGUCUCGCACACACACGAUUAAGAGCGGCCAGGAGUCCGGUAGCCAGGGUGCAGGAGCUGCCGGCGAAGACGACGACGACGACUUCGAUGAUGGACUCGAUGACGACAGCUCCCUGUCCGAGUGGAACCUGCGCAAGUGCAGCGCUGCCGCACUCGAUGUUUUGGCGAACGUGUUCCGCGAGGACUGUCUACCCAUCGUACUGCCUAUUCUGAAGGACACCCUGUUCCAUCAGGAGUGGGUGAUCAAGGAGAGUGGCGUGCUGGCACUGGGAGCCAUCGCCGAGGGCUGCAUGCAGGGCAUGAUCCAGCACCUGCCUGAGUUGAUCCCAUACCUGAUCAGCUGCUUGUCCGAUAAGAAGGCUCUGGUGCGCUCCAUCACCUGCUGGACUCUUUCCCGGUACGCCAAUUGGGUGGUGAACCAGCCGCACGAUCAGUACUUGAAGCCGCUGAUGGAAGAGCUGCUGAAGCGCAUUUUAGACUCGAACAAGAGGGUUCAGGAGGCGGCUUGCUCCGCAUUUGCCACCCUCGAAGAGGAGGCCUGCACCGAGUUGGUCCCGUAUCUGGAGUACAUUCUGAAGACUCUUGUCUUUGCAUUCUCAAAGUAUCAGCACAAGAACUUGCUGAUCCUGUAUGACGCAGUUGGCACCCUGGCCGAUUCCGUGGGCCACCACUUGAACAAGCCUCAGUACAUUGACAUCCUGAUGCCGCCGCUCAUCGACAAGUGGAAUCUGCUGAAGGACGACGACAAGGAUCUAUUCCCCUUGUUGGAGUGUCUGUCGAGCAUUGCAACAGCCCUGCAGUCGGGCUUCCUGCCCUACUGCGACCCGGUGUACCGGCGCUGCAUAUCUCUGAUCGAACAGACCAUCAAUCAGGAGAUGCUCUGCAAACAGAACCACACCUUCGAGCAUCCCGAUAAGGAGCGCAUGAUUGUGGCGCUGGAUCUGCUGUCCGGCCUGGCCGAAGGCUUGGACCGCCACAUCGAAACUUUGGUGGCCAACAGCAACAUAAUGCGGCUGCUGUUCCAGUGCAUGCAGGACAUUUUGCCAGAGGUGCGCCAGUCUUCGUUUGCUCUGCUGGGCGAUCUGACCAAGGCUUGCUUCCCACAUGUACAUCCCUUCAUGGCCGAUUUCUUCCCUAUCCUGGGUCAGAACCUGAACCCCGAUUUCAUUUCGGUGUGCAACAAUGCCACAUGGGCCAUUGGAGAGAUUUGUAUGAAACUGGGUGAGGAGACCAAGCAGUACAUACACCUUGUACUCAGCGACCUGUUCAUCAUUAUCAACCGCCCCAACACGCCCAAGACUCUGCUGGAGAACACAGCAAUAACAAUCGGUCGUCUAGGUUAUGUGUGCCCAGUUGAAGUGGCUCCUUAUUUGCCCGAAUUUGUACGACAGUGGUGCACAUCGCUGCGUCACAUUCGGGACAACGAUGAGAAGGACUCGGCCUUCCGUGGCAUGUGCCACAUGAUCACCGUGAAUCCGGCUGGCGUAGUGCCCGACUUUAUAUUCUUCUGCGAUGCCAUUGCCUCGUGGGUGAAUCCCCCACAGGAUCUGCAUCAGAUGAUACAAAAGAUUCUACACGGCUUCAAGACCCAGGUGGGUGAAGAGAAUUGGCGUCGAUUUGUGGAACAAUUCCCGCCAACUCUGGCCGAGCGGCUGGUCACCAUGUACAACAUCUAAGGCCGGCUGACCGAACAAACAGCUCCACCCACCUGCACUGUGCACCCACUAGCGAGCCAAGCAGCCACUUCUUAACUAGACAAUUAUGUACAAGUAUGCGUAGUAAGCGUGUCGUCGUCUUAACCUUUAGAGCUUUAAGUUAUCCGAUUCGAUGCUGUUCGAACGUUGCGUUAAAACUGAAAUCUAAGCUUAUAGAAAGAAAAAAAGAAAACAAAACAGCAAUUCACAUAAAAGCAAAUUGCAUAACCAUACAUUUAACCACAGACAUAUAUCAAUAUAUCCAAUAGAGAGAAUCUAGCCCAGCCAGUAGGCAGUCGUCUGUCCGUGCACCAAGUCCAACUCAAUGGGCUAGCCAGAGAAUUAUGUGUUCCGGCCGUACUUAACCGGAGGAGUCAGUGCUAUAGAUAUACCCCAUCCAAGAAUACACUCAGACCUAAAGCCCCCUUAAAGCCCCCAUCCUGUGGUCAGCACACGGGUGCUGAUCACACCCGAAAGGAAUCUGUAAAUCUCUUCGUAACUAAAUGAUAUUGCGGGUCGUGUCGCGGUAAUUAAACAUAAAACUAAUAGUAAACAGUCGUCUGGUGAAGGGGUUGCGUUCGCUGUGAAGAAAUAGCUGGCCUAGGGAGAGAAAAUUACAAAUUACAAAUCAAAAAGACUGAUGUUUAACCAAAACUCCGUUCAACACCACAGACAGACAGCGUUCAUCAAAAGCCAAUGAAUGAAUUACUCAAGGGAGCGCAACCCUUUCACCAAAUAAAAAUCGAAAAAAAUCGAAAAAUAAAUCGAAAAAAUCGAAGUAAUCGAAAUGAAAAAAAAAAUUUCGGAAAAAUCGUCGCGUUUCGGGUUCUAACGGUUUCGCGUUCGCGUAUUAUCGUCGCUCGUUCGUUCGUUCGUAAAUCUCGUAAUCGUCGUGUCGUGUCGUGGAAUCUAUCUCGUCGGGUAAACUGAAACUGAAAAUGAAAAUGAAAGCAAAUAAUACAAGGAUAAUAAAGAAAUGCAACUGUUACUGAUACAAAUUUACUUAUACACUACAUGAUAUUCAUAUGCUAUACAAAAUUAGGUGUUUUUUUUUAAGAAUUGUGAGGGGAAAAAUUUAAAUUGAGAUUAGGAUUUCGUUUCGGUAACUUAUUUAAUUUUUCGUGCGAUUCUUCAAGUGAAUGCAAUAGGCACCAUUGACUGAUCACAUUUUAAAGUAUUAUUAUAUAAUUUGUUUGUGAAUAGGGACAAGUGUAAUUAAUUAAUAAUUAUUAUUUCGCUAAUUUUUUUUCUCCCUUAACCCUUCAAUUUCAAUUAUUUUGGUAGGGUUGUCUCUCGGGUGAUCUUUAUGAUUUACAAUUUUUGUACAGAGGAAUUUUUUUAAGAUUGUACGAUUAGGUGUAAAGUUUACUAAUAAAUGGAAACAAAAGUCUUUGAAAUUGUCGCGGAACAACUAAAAAAUAAAGCUAGGGAAAACCAAACUCAGUCAAACUAAAAUAUGAACAAAUGUGUAAAAGAUGCAAAAGGAAAACCAAGAGUAAAUCUAAGUAAUAGUAUUAUGUAAUUAUGCAAACCGUGUCAACGUUUGUGUUUUUAUUUCGUAAAAAAGCAAACAACAAAUGGGGGAACGUGUGAUAAUAAAGUAACUUCGGGUCGUUCGUUCGCGUCGCGUUAAUCUCAAGACAACUAAACUCUAACAACAAGGGACUUUCGCCCCCGAGUCCCAAAUAAUAAUCGCAGCAAUUGAUAACUAUAAUACUGUCUAACUAAAAGGAAGAGGUGAUGCCUGACAUCCCAUGCCAGGCCAUCACCAAAACUGAAACUAAAACUAAAUGAAAAAAUCGUGAUUUCGUUGUACCUUAAUCCGGAUUCAUCGCGGAAUCCGGUCGCGUUCGCGUGCGUUUGUAUCUCUCUCGGGUGAUCUUAGUGAUUAGCGUUUAAGCAGUAAACUGAAAACUAAAACAAACAAAAAAAAAAUACAGUAAACAUAAAACAUGAAACAGAUGUAACACAACACUCACACCAUUGAACAUAUACACCACUGAUACAUAUAUACAACUAUAAAGAAUAUAUUUAUAGAUUUUAUGCGAAUUAGGUUCUGUUCUAUGCAUAUUAUUUUGAAUACUAUAGGGAAAGUUAGGUCGUAUUAGGACGGAAGGAAGGAAGGAAAAUUAUAGAAAGCAAAACGUAACAAAGAGCAGGAGGAUUCGAUCGAUGUGCAGCAAUAGGCUAGGCCCUCAUUGUUUCAUAAUCCCUACCAAUAAUCAAGAGAAUGUAAUUAAACUUAAGCUAUGAGAACCAACCAACUGUUUUAGACACCUUGGCUUCUGUUGUUUGUUUCAACUUUAAACGAAUCAAGACCAAUACUAGUUAAUGUUGUUUUAAUGAUAUUCAGCAAACACCCACUCACGUAUCUCGUAACACAGCCCACAACAGGUCUCUGAUAGGCUUAUGACCUUUAACCAACCCUCUUUAUCUGCCAACUUAUGAUCCAAUCCAAUCCAAUCCAAUAGGUGUGAAAAUGUCUAAGUACACUCUCAUACACAUUAAACAUACAUACGCAUAUAUAUAUAUCAAGAAAGGUACAUGCUACUAUGUAUAAUCCCCACAUCUAGAUAUACGGAUUCGAAAUAUUGGCAACCGAAAACCAUCUGUUGGAGUUUAAAUAUUGUUUAACUGUUGCUCCAUUUCAAAUUCGACUAGACUAUGUGUACAUUGAAAAGUAUAUAUCUGAAUAAAUCUGUAUGUAUAAUAUA